GCGUCUCGAAAUCCAAACGAUCGUCGAUGAACUGCGCUUCUUUCUUCAUGAUGAUCGAGAGAAGCGAGGUCGUGGCGUUCAAGUGCGUGCAAACAGAAGCCACAUCAAGGCUACAAUUCCGCGUCCUCACGAUAAGCAUACCGUGUAUCUCUCUGACUUAGAGCCGCGUGAGGAGAGCCUCUUCUGGCAAACUUACCGCGAGGUGCGGAGUGUAGCUGCUCAGAAGACAGUGAAAGGAGUUGACGUUGCGGAAGAGAGCACCCUGAGACAAGAAGGAGAACGAAAAGAAGAACCAAAGGAUCAUGAUCAACCUCGUGGUCAAGUGAAACUGGGAC